AUGAGUUGCUUCCUCAGUCCGGAGCAGGCGACCGGAGACACUGAAUGUAGAGACAAUGCUAACGGAGUCAAGAGCAGAUUUAAUUUCUUCCAGACCACCGGCAACUACCUCUCCCAAACUAAAGCUGUCAGAGAUCACCCAGCGCAUCCAGCAGUUCAGCUCAGGAGCACAGGUAAAGAGCAGCGCUUCUGCUCACCCGGCGCGCGACGAGUUCUCACCAGGCGAGACAGGAUGUUCGCUCCCCUGAAGACGCUUCUCGCUCUUUUCUAUCUGAUAGAUUUAAUUUCUUCCAGACCACCGGCAACUACCUCUCCCAAACUAAAGCUGUCAGAGAUCACCCAGCGCAUCCAGCAGUUCAGCUCAGGAGCACAGAUCCCUUGCAAUGACACCAGGGUGGCCCAGGUCGUCUUCACGGACCGAAAGCGGUCCGAGCAGGAGCUACUGUGCCAAGCGGCGAAAGCUCUCCUCAGGGUCACCAAGUGCAAGAAGGACUACGAGCCGUUCAUCGCCAACCUGCAGAGCCUGCACGGCCGGACGCGCUGGCUGGUGAUGCCAGCAGAGACCAUUGCGUUCAUCUCUAAUAGCCUCUUUCACAAAUCGGGCAGGAAGGACCAGGGCGGCCUCCAGGGCCUUGAGACACCUGAUGGUGCAACCCUGCCACAGCCACAAGGCCGCACUCCUGAGGAGCUCAAACUUCCUGAACGAGAACAUCCUGCUGCUGAACAAAAUCUUAAGGACGAAGGUACGUACCUAUUCGUGCAGCUCAGCCUUUCGCUGACUGAUGGGAGGGACGGAUUGCUUUACCAGGCUCGGUAA